AUUAUUUAGUGAUAAUUUGAAGGGAACAUUUGAUCAUCUGGCCACACUGCCAAGUAAUAGUCAUAGAAUUGAAUGAAAAUAAAGUCGCACAACACAAAGUCUUGUUGAGAGGUUCCGAGAUUCAGCGAAGAUGUACCAGGAAUAUCUAAACCAAUUGCAGGCCUCCAUCGCUCCCAUGGGCUCCGAGGAGCUGAAGGAGCUGCUGAACAACGAUGACAAGCUGGACGAGAAGGUUGACGAAGUGCUCCAGGUGCUCCGAACACAGAAGGUUAGUGUUUUCGAGGACAACAGGAGUCGGGCGGAGCGCAACAUCGAGCGGGAGCCCCAGAUCAUCGAGCUGCGGAGCCGGCUGGCGGAACUCUCGGAGGAGGGACGCACCAGGUGCUCCUCUGUCCAGGAAAAACUUUCCCAGCUCAAGGAGAAGUCGGGCGGAAUGGGUCCGGAAACGGCGCUGGCCCUGCUGCAGACAGCUGCCUCCGAGAGCGAGGAGCAGACCGAGGAGAUGGUCAAGAAGUUCAACGACAGCGAUACUGGGGUGGAGGCCUUUCUGGAGGAGUUCCUCGCCAGCCGGCGAACCAUGCACCUGCGUCGCCUCAAGGCCGAGAAAAUGCAGGAGCUGAUGCGCAAACAGCGCCAGGGUCCGCCAAAUACAUCCCUGCCAGCCUACGGAAACGUGCCCUCCGGCGGAUUCUAUCCCAUGGCUGGAGGUUCGGUGCCCUACCCAAAGAUGGGACCCCUGAUGCCCAUGCCACCGCCAUCCAGACCCUACUGAGUUCUCGGCCCUUUGUCCUAAGCGAAUUACUGCCAUGGCUCAUCAGUCUGCAGCAGUGGGUGAAUUGCAAAUCAGAGGGAACU